AUGACGACAAAUCUUAAAGAACUCCAUUUAUCAAUCUUAUCUUCUAUUCGUUCAAGAUUUUUGGGUCAGUUCAAAGUACCAGAAACAUUACAUAAACUGCACUUAGAAUUUACUCAGGGUGGUAUACAAGAACAUCAAUCAAAUUUCAAUAUUACGAUGAAGUUUUUAAACAUGUUUAAGGAUAAUCUCACAUCACUCACACUGAUUGCUAUUAUAAUAGAAAAAAACUUCUCAGACUAUGAAUCAUUUCAUAGAUUAGUAAACAAUUUUACUCACUUAGAAACUUUCGAAUAUUUUAUUCGUACAAACCUUCCACCUAAUUCGUUGUUUGCAAAUGUUCAAGAAUUACCAGAUUCUAACUAUAUCACUUUUACUAUUCCACAACCUCAACCCUUCGACUAUACAAUUUGUCGAACAACAUUUGAACUUAAACUUGAAUAUGAUUCACAUAUUACUUUACCGCAAUUACUUUAUUGCUCUACGCUCUGUCUCUAUAGUAAUUGCAUUCCGAAAACUCUAUCUAAUGCGUUGGAAUUAAAUACCAACAUUAAACUUUCAUAUUUGAAGGAAAUAUCGUUCGUUGUAAGCAUGGGAUCUGGUGAUAUACGUGAAAUAUGUCAAUUUUUCUCCAAAUUAAUCCAUCUUUUACCUAAUUUACAUACUAUUGCAAUUAAUACUAAUUUCAAUAACACGAUUGGAAUCAUUGAACAACUAAAGGAACUUGUCUCUAUGAGAUAUUUGAAGCAGAUCAGACAUUUUCGGCUCGAAAGUUAUUGUUCUCAAAGCUCACUUCUUCGUGAUUUAUCGAAAAUCUUUCCAAAUUUGAUUACACUUAGGCUUCCAAAGGAGGUAUUAUUUUUUCACGAAAACACAACAACAUUACUUAACUUCGUUGAAAUUGCAAGCACAUAUUUUCCUCGACUCAUUCGUUUGACGUUCUAUGAAGAUAUACUAAAUUCUAAACGACUUGUAUUUGCAAAUCAUGCAAAAAAUCUUAAUGAACAACAACAAAUAGAACAUCCAUGGCAUUGUACAACUGGAAAAGAAUCUAAUAACAAAUGUUAUUAUUUGAGUAUAUGGUUGUAG